CGUGGAGGCGCCGUGGGGCGGCGUGGCGGCGGUCACGGCGCGCCGGCCGAGUCGCGCGAGGAGCGCAACAACCGGCGCAACUGGGACGACGGCCGCGCCGACAGCGCCAGGGAGGGCGGCGCGCCGCAGCGGUUCGGCGGUGCCGAGGGCGGCGAGCGGGGCCGCGGCCGCGGCCGGGGCGGGCCGCCCGGCAGAGGCCGCGGACGCGGACGCGGCGGCGGCGGCCACCGCGACUUUGACCGCCAGUCGGGCUCCGACCGCAGCAGCGUGAAGCCGGUGGACAAGCGGGAGGGCAGCGGCCGCGGCAACUGGGGUACAGUACAGGAUGAACUGGCGGAGAUGGAGGCGCCGGCCGAGCCGACGGCGCCGGCUGCCGAGGCCGGCUGGGACGCUCCGGCCGCCGAGCCGGCCUGGGGCGCAGCCGCCGAGCCGACCGAGGACGCCGCCGGCGCCGGCGGCGGCGAGGAGGCGCCCGCCGAGCCGGAGGGGCCGCAGGAGCUGACGCUGGACGAGUGGAAGAAGCAGCAGGAGCCGCGCCGCCAGCCGCAGUUCAACGUGCGCCGCGCCGGCGAGGGCGAGAACCUCACCCAGUGGAAGAACACGUUCGAGCUGAAGAAGAAGAAGGACGAGGAGGAGAACGACGAGGACGAGGAGUCGGAUGAGGAUGAGGAGCAGGUGCGCCACGGCCGCCCCAAGCACUUCGUCAAGGAGAUCGAGUUCACGUUCUCGGACAGCCGGCGGGGCCGCGGCGGCGGCCGAGGACGGGGUCGCGGCUCGUACCGGGACGGCGACGAAGGCGGCUACCGCGGCGGCUACCGCGGCGGCCGCGGCCGCGGCGAGGAUGGCGGCUACAGAGGCGGGUACCGGGGCGGCCGCGGCGGCGGUGAAGAGGGCGGCUACCGCGGCAACUACCGCGGAGGUCGUGGCGGCGGCGAAGAGGGCGGGUACCGCGGAUCUUACCGCGGAGGUCGUGGGGGUGAAGAAGGUGUUUACCGCGGAGGGUACCGCGGAGGUCGUGGCGGAGAAGAGGGCGGCUAUCGCGGCAGCUACCGCGGCGGCCGCGGCGGCGAAGACGAAGAGGGCGGGUACCGCGGCUCUUACCGCGGCGGCUCGCGCGGCUCCAGCCGCGGCGCGCCGCGUCAGCACGCGCCCAAGGUGGACGACGAGAAUGACUUCCCGUCGCUGGGCUAGAGGCCACCGCCACCUCCGAUGGCUGCAGGAGUUCUCCAUGGUCCCGCCCCCCUGCCACGUAGUCCCCGCCGCCCGCCGCCCGUGUCGGCGCGGUACGCUCGGCUCCCAACCGAAUACGAGAGAGUGCGUGGUGCAAAAAUAGCAUGCAAGAGAGCGAGACGCCGGAGGGUGCGCGCUGGCUGCCCUCAUGUCGGCACGAGCUGUGCCAGUGCCGUCCGGUGCGUGCCACUCCGGCGCCAGGACGUCCGUGAGUCGACGAUGAAUGCCUGCGAGUGCCUCGUCCCGCACGGAUAAACAUGAUGGUCUCAUUGUCCGAGCGAGUCCCGGGCAGUCCAUGCGCCUCCGCGGUCAUGCUCACACGCUAAGGGCAUGUUUGUAGGCCAGGCUCGGCGACGUUGUUUUCGAGCGGUCGCCGGCGGAUGGCUGUUUUUCGUCUUUCUGUGCGUGGGACGAGCCGCGGCUGUAGCGCGGCCUGUAGAGGGGCCCGCCCCAGCCGCCGUCGGGCCGCCGCGGCGCGGCGGCGGCCGGGACCGGCUCUCCCAUGACAGGUCAUUGUCAUCUGGUUGUGUUUGUUUGGCGUGCUUGGCAAGCUGUCAGCCGUCGGGCCGCGAUCGGUUUUGUAUGGUGAACACGCAGCGUACAAUACAGUUUGAAACGAU